AAAGUUUUCUGUAAAAAAUUGUACAGAAGUCUGUUUUGUUACUGUAGUCAUGCAAUAUACAAAUAUUUACAAAAUUCGACAGAAUGGUUAUUAGUAAAUACAUACUUGUCUGUUUUAAAAACAUACAUUUUUGUACAGAAAUCUGUUUUUUGAUUGUAUCCAUAUUUUUUACAUAAUUCUACAAAAUUUUACAUAAAUGUUGUUUGAGAAUACAAACUUUUCUGUAAUCGUAAACACUAUGACAGAUGGCGUGUACUUCGCCAACUGUGACGUCUUCGCUCUGACAUUUUAGUUCACUUCAUUUCUUUUGGUUAAGCAAGAUGGAUGCAGAGGAAAUUCUUGAAUUACGCAAGAUAUUAGAAGAACUGUGCUUGGGGGAAUAUGAACAACCCUUGAUAAGUAAGUCCCAAUAAGAUUAUGAAGGAAGUUUGUUGGAAAUUAUCAGAUCAAUUUUGAAAUUAAUAAAACUGUUUCAGAUCACCGCAUCACAGCUGAAAAGCUAAAACGUUUGACCCCAUCCGAUAUUGAUGGAGUUUUCCCAAUUAUUAGGAUGAGAAUGGAUUUUCGGGAUAAGUGGAAGGAGGUAUAUGGAUCAGCAGAAAAGUGUGAAAGUGACUCUGAGGGAGACAACAAGGUACAAUCACCUCCGGAGAAGUGUCGUAAAAUUUCCCGGACAACAUGGAUGAGUCGUUUUCGACUCGAAAACAUUCUCAAUGACACUUCUAAUGGGAAAAAACUUUGCGAAAUUUAUGUGAAGAAUGAAAAAUUUGUCCGGGCCCAGCGCAAAGUUCUUGUAGACGAAAUCGUUCAAUAUGUUACAGAGAAAGAUAUUGAACUCUCUGUUCAAGCGAUGGAUGUCUUGGCCGAUGAAAUUGUGGAGCGUUUUCUAACCGAGAAAAAGAGUCAUUAUUAUGUGCCAAGAACUCCUGGCAAAGGAUACAGUGGAGCAUUGUACCAUAAGUACAAUAAUUCUCGAAGGAAUAAUCCCAACCGAAAGAUUCGAAAGAAGCAGAACAUUACACUUGACGAGGUCGAAGAAGAUAAGCCAGUUGACCACACUGAAAACGAAGAUCUAGUAUAUAAUCUGAAGGAAACUCUAAAAAAUGUGAGUGAGGACCAAAUUUCGCAUGAUGUUCUCCAAAUUUGGAAGCAUACCUGGUCUAUCAGAAAGGAAACACUGGCGGAAAAUUUUCAUGAUGUGGACAAGAUUGUUGAGGAAUGGCCAUUGUAUUUCCACAAAGAUGGAUAUUUGCUGAUUACGUCUGACUUUGAGGAUGAAAAUUUUCACACUUUGGGUGAUACGAAAUGGGAACUGUUCAAAAACAAUGUCAUUCCUUUUUUGAAAGAUUCUGUCAAAGAUCCUCACAAUAAAUCUCGUGUUAAGCGCCUUGAUGAUGUCACCAAUGAUGAUUUGUACGAGAUAGAAGUGGUACACUUGAUACACGCUGCUUUAGUGCCAAAAUCUGUAACGAGAAAGAAAGGAUCUUCUGAACAGAAGCGCGCAACUAUUGCAGAAUCUCAAAUGAGAAUGGUGUUGAUUCCAGACCCCGAGAUAGAACUGAUUGAGCAAAUUCGACAAAUUUGCAACAACAAUGAGGGAUUUUUUUUGCCACUUAUUGUUUUCGAGGCAGGUCAAUUUUUGGUGUUUUGACGGAGACAUUCUAUUUCCCUGUAAAAAGUUUGAGGAAAGCCAUUGACUUGGCAUUCAAAGUCAUGAUGAUCUUCCACCGUGGGAUAUUCCCAAAGAAAUGUGAAACAGUUUGGUCUUUCGUGAAGUCCUAUUUUUAUGACAUGGAAUGUUCGGACAACACUAUUUGGAGAUGUUCUGAUCUUAUUGAAUUUUUGAGGAGUUUUGAGACCAAUGACAAUGCAGUGUGAUAAAUGUAAAAAACUACCAAAAUUCCCUACUGUAAAGGGAUUUAUAUCUCAUUUAAGAUCUAUUCAUAAUCAAGAGACAUUCACUUGCGUGUUUUGUGAAGUGAAAUUUCAAAGCACAAAAGCUUUCGAUAAACACCUCAAGUCUCAUUUAAAACAGUGUAAUCAACCUAAAAUUCGGCCUCCUCGUAAUUUACCAUUUAGUCAAGAACAACCUUCACAUUCAAAGAGUAAUCCUGAUGAAAUUGAAAUUGAUGUAGAUUUUUGUAAUGAUGAAAACACAAAUAUGCACCUGAAAGACAGUGAAGUUUUAGAAAAUGAACUAUGCAAGAAAACUACUUUAUUUCUAACAAAACUUCAUGCAAAAGACAAUUUUUCUAGAAAAGACGUUCUCAUUGUAAAAGAUAAAGUAACCAAAAUCACCAACUAUGUAUCGGAAGGAUUAAAAAAUUUGAAUUUGGACAUACCACCUGAAAAAAAAGUAAUUAUGAAAUUUUGAUUAAAGUGUUGAAAGAACCAUUUAAAGACAGGGAAACUGAUUACAAAUUUAUAUCUUUUUUAAAACGAUCUGGUUUAUAUAUGGAACCCAUGGAGUUUAAAGUAACUAACGAAAAAGGAUCGUUUUACAUAUUGCCUAUAAAAUUUUGGUUAAAGGCUUUUUUGGAAAUUCCUAAAGUAUUUGAAAUCAUUUGUAAUAAUUUAACUGAAUCUCUUCAAGCAAAAGAAUUUGUCAAUUUUGUAAAUGGAUCCCGCUUUCAGAAGAUUCAAUCUAGAAACUUGGAAAAAAUAAUGUUGCCUUAUAUUAUGUACAUGGAUGAUUUUGAAGUGGUAGAUAGUAUUGGGCCUCAUGGUGGUACUUAUUCCAUUAAAGCAGUAUAUUUCAAACUGCUCAAUUUGCCAAAAGAGCUUAAUUCGAAGUUAGACUCUACUUUUCCUUUGAUGUUUUCCAAGAAACUUCUUUUCAAGGAGAAGAACAUUCAUUUUAGGGAAUUAAUAAAAAUGCUCAAUGAACUCUAUACAGAAGGAAUAGAACUAAAAUUUCCGGAAAAAACUGUAAAAGUAUAUUUUUGCGUGGCUUUAAUAGUUGGGGAUCAUCUUGAAUUAAACAAAAGUAUGGGUUUUGCAUCACCAAGUUCAAAUUUGUAUUGCCGUUUAUGCAAAAGGCACAAAGAUCUUUUGAAAUUUGAUACUAAAGAAUUUAAGGAAUGCAUCCGAAGCAUUGAUAGUUACAACUCUGAUGUUCAACUGAAAGAUUUUAAAUCGACCGGGAUUCGCGAAAAAUGCAUUUUUAAUGAACUUGAAGGCUUUCAUGUAACGGAAAAUUUUAUAUCGGAUCCAAUGCAUGAUCUAAUGGAAGGUAUAUUUCAUUAUGUAAUAUGCAAAACGCUGUAUUACUUCAUAUUAGUGAAAAAAUAUUUUAGCUUCAAAACGCUUAAUGACCGUAAAGCAAAUUUUAAGUACAGUAGAACUGAUCAAAAGAGCUCCACAGAUAUUAACUGCAAGCAUAUAACAAAAGGAAAACUGAAAAUGACAGCAUCUGAGACUAAAACUUUUGUCCGGAUUUUCAUAUCAUUGAUUUCUGAUCUAGUGCCAAAUGAUGAAAGAGAAAAAUUGCAGCUUAUAAAAAAACUAAAUAUUAUAAUGGAUAUUGUGAUGCAAUUCUCUAUUACUAAUAAUGAUUUAUUGAUCCUCGACAAAACAAUACAACAAUUUUUGAAAUCAUAUGUAAAAAUAUUUGAUUCAAAUCUCACGCCCAAAUUUCACUAUCUUGUACAUUACACGUCAAUGAUUAAAAGAAAUGGUCCACUCCGACACUUACACUGUAUGCGCUUUGAAAGCAAACAUCAUCAAUAUAAAGAAUACGCAAAAUGUGUAACGGGGUUUCAAAAUAUAACUUUAAGCAUUUCAAAAAAAGCUUCACAUAAAAUGACUCAAUUUUUGUUAAGUCAACAC